GCUGCAAUAAAUCUCUGUGUCAUGAUUGCCUAGUGAAGCCAAACCAAUACGAAAAGUUAAAUGUAGUAUUUUCCAAAAGAAUGGAGGAGUUAAUAAAAAUCAAAGGUAAAAUUGAAGAAGAUUUACCAUUUUUCAGUGAAAAUAUUGCUUAAUUAAAAGAAGUGAAAGCAGAACGACAGGAAAAAUACUAUGAAAUCAAACGACAAAUUCUAUAUAAAGAAGAGGAAAUGAAAGAUGUAAUAGCUAGCAAAGCAAAUUCGUUAAUUAAAGAGCUUGAUGACUGGUGGAUACCACAGAGUGAACAAAUUUCAAAAGUGGAAGAAACAAUGAAUGAUGCUGAAAAAGAUCUUAUGCACAGGAAAGCCAUAAUUGAAGAGGUUUUUAAAUCUGAGGACACGACAUCCAUUUUCUCAGCAGUAGACAAAGUGGUAAAAGAGCUACCGAUAAAAAUGGUUGCUGAAAUAAAGAAUCCAGAAUCCUUAAGGUUUUCAACAGAAAAAUCGACACAAAACCUGCAUGUAGGGUUAUUAAUGAAAAUACUAGAACCAAAAGUUGUUGGUACAUACACAUGUGAUGCUACUAACAAACUCGCGACCGUCAAUACAGAUCUUUAUGUUGGGUUUGAUGAACCGCGUAGGACUUUAAAACUCUUUGUGUUUACCAAAAAUAAAUGCUACACAGUAAAGAGUGCAUAUACUGGUAACCAAAUUAGUGACAUAACAGUAACACCAAAGGAGUCAAUUCUAUUUACAGAAUUAGGAACAUCUUCAAUUAUUUACAAAUACGAAGAAAACUCAGGAAAAACUAAAUUCUUAGAUAUCAGUCCAAUGCGAGUCCAAGCAAUACAUGCAAAUCCGAGUGGCGACAAAUUAUUUGUCGGAUUCAUGAAUUUUAUUGGUCCUUUUUUACCACCUUCAAAAGAAAGUCAUAGAGGAGUAAUGCUACUCAAUGAGAAUGGAAAUACAAUACAAACUUUUGAACUAAAAAAUGAUAAAUUCAAUGUUCCAAAUGUUAUUACAACGAAUAUUAACGGAGACAUCUGUGUAAUUGACUCAACAGGAACAAACUGGGAAGGACGAGUUAUUGUUCUUGAAUCAUUGGGGAAGUUCAAAUGGAUGUACAAAGGUCAUAACGGGAUAAAUACUGAACAUACAUUCUCACCGCGUGAUAUAGUUGCUAUAUCAACGGGAGAUAUUUUCGUGUCUGACGAGAAAUCUAGCGCCGUUCAUGUAUUAUCCAUGGAUGGUAUAUUUAUUACAACUAUUGGCGAGCAGGACGGUAUCCAGAAUCCAGUGGGUCUGUCAAUUGACAAUGAAAAACGAAUGUUGAUUGGAUGUUCCAAUAAACUACAUGUUGUAGACAUUCUAAAUAAUUAGACAAAGAAGGCAUACAUGGUCUUUCUUUUUUCAAAAGACCACACGAUUUGAAUGCAUCUGAUGUGUGUUUUUAGAGUAAAGUUUACUAGUUUGAUAAUAAAACGUUAUGAACGCUU